ACCUCCGGUUCUGAACAUUUUCCAUCGUCGGUGCUAUCAAUCACUCGUCGUAUUCUGGUAGCCGAUGGAUCAUUCAUGGCGUCCUCCGCCUCUGCCACCAAUACCAGGUAAUGCCAGCAACAUCUGCCCAAUCUGCUCAAUUUCCCACUUCCCUUUUUGCCCUCCGCCCCCGUUCAUUGAAAACCCUAGAUUUCAUUACUCACAAUCACCGAACGAUUACCAUAAUCAACCACCCCAUUUUGAUCACCAUCAUUCUUUCCCCAAUCAUCAGAGUUCAUUGAAUUAUAAUUAUGAUUGUAAUCCUAGUGAUGGGUAUGUAGCUAGACGACCUACGUGGUAUGGUAGCAACCCUAGCUUAAAUAUGAGCCCGUAUGAUGGCGUCGGAGAUCCUCCUAUGGGUAAUGGAAAUUAUAAUAAUUAUCAUAGGGGAGGCGUUGGGCCUGCUAGUUAUGGAUAUGAUGGUUAUGAUAAUGGCGGAACUAAGAGAAUGAAAAUUGAACCGACUGAUUAUAACAGGGGUCCUCGAGGAUCAUCUAUGGGGGGUGAAAUUGUGGAUACCUCAAGGGUUUCAUCUGACAGUGAGAGGAUAUUGAAGUUGAUUCACGAUCAUGGCAAUGCUGCCAACGCUGCACCUGGUGGUCUGCCUAAAACGGGGGCAGAUUUGUUUUCAGAAUCCAGUAAUGAAAAUGCCAAUAGGUAUACACAUGGAAGAUUUGUAGAAACUCGUGAAGUUAGGAAUGACAUGGGAUUAAAACGGAGACAGAUGAGUGAUUUUCCAAGUACAGGCAUGGGGUCUUUUGAGAGGAAGGAAUCGUCUUUGUAUGUGGGGCCUGGCUCUGAUUUACUUGGUAGUAGCAGGGAAGAUCGUGGAGUAGCAUAUGGGAAGAAUAAUGUGCAUUAUGAUCAAAGAGACGAACUUGGCCAAUCACAAUAUGACUGUACGGAGAGCUCUAUUCCCCAUUCUUUAAAUUACAGUAGGCAUGGUAGUCAACCAGCUAGGGUUUUUACUAGCACAGAACAGUCUGAACAAACACAGGAUCACCAUAGAGGAGCAGCUCCGUAUCAUUCUGUUUUGCAAAGAAGUGAACUGAAUAAAAAGUUGCCCAUGCCACAGGAAAUGCAUGAUCCAACUACUGAAAUUUUACCUAAUAUUUAUCACCAUUUGCAGCCAACAACCCCAAGUAAUGUUGCCAUAGUAAAUAAAGCCAGUUAUUCAUAUGCAGGUCAGAGUCAGUUGCCACCACCUGCUGAUACAACGCAGCACAAUUUGCAGCCAAAUCAUAGUUUCUUAUCUUCACGCCUACCCACAGAUGUAAAUCGGCAUGUUGAUGUUAAUGCUCUUUCACAGGAGGGAAUUCCAAGUUCAAUCCGACAUCAUAACUCUCAACCACCCUAUAGUUGGUCGGAAUCAAAAGGUCACUAUGCACACAAUUCUUUUAGGACGAACUUCGGUCCAGUGGAGGUUUCUCAUGCUUAUCGUGGCCAACCACCUCUUCCUGCUUCCCCUCCGCCACCAUUACCCAUAGAUCCACCACGGCACCAUGUCUUUGAGCCACUUGCUUCACCACCAGCUAAAAAGCCCUCUUUGUUUCCGAUUUCUGUUAGUUCUUCAGCAGACUCAUCAUCAUCACGAUCUGCGAUUCAUGAAAAUCAAUCACCUGCACAAGUUUACUAUUCUAACAAUGCCGGUCAUCAUGCUUCAACUCUAUCUUCUGCUGAGGAAUUUCGCACCCGCCAAUCUUCUUCUGAAAAGCAUGUCAGAGAUGUUCAACCUUUUCCAUUGCGGCAUUUAGCUUCAGAGAAGCCAAAUACUAUUGAUGCUUCUCACAUAUUCAAGCAGCCACACCGAGCAUCUCGUCCUGAUCAUUUGGUGAUAAUCCUACGAGGGCUUCCAGGCAGUGGAAAGAGUUACUUGGCAAAGGUGUUGCGUGAUAUUGAGGUUGACAAUGGUGGGGAAGCACCACGCAUUCAUUCCAUGGAUGAGUACUUCAUGACUGAAGUUGAAAAGGCUGAAGAUAGCGAGUUGUCAAAAUCUUCUGGUUCUCUUAGGGGCAAGAGACAAGUAAUGAAGAAGGUGAUGGAGUAUUGUUAUGAACCUGAAAUGGAGGAGGCUUAUCGAGCGAGCAUGCUGAAGGCAUUUAAAAAGACCCUUGAUGAGGGGAUUUACUCCUUUAUAAUUGUGGAUGACCGCAAUCUGCGGGUAGCUGAUUUUGCUCAGUUUUGGGCAACUGCUAAGAGAUCGGGUUAUGAAGUAUACUUAGUGGAGGCUGCAUACAAGGAUCCAGCAGGUUGUGCGGCUAGGAAUGUACACAAUUUUACCCUGGAUGAUAUACAGAAGAUGGCUGGACAAUGGGAAGAAGCUCCAUCUUUGUACUUGAAAAUGGAUAUCAAGUCUUUACUCCAUGGAGAUGGUUUUGAUGAAAGUGGGAUUCAAGAGGUGGACAUGGAUAUGGAAGAUGAGGAUGCUAUAGAGGCUUCACCGGGACCUGACGUUAAAAAUCCACAGGAAGAUGUCAAAGAUCAGGUGGAUGAACAUGAACUUACACCUCAUGAUGUAGGUCCUGUGAAGCAUCCUGUGACGAACCAUGUAACAGAAGAAGUGAACCAUUUGAGCAGAAGUAAAUGGUCAAAUGAUAUGGAUGGAAGAGAAUCUCUAGAAGCAGAAGGUGGAAAGAAAAAUGCCAGUGCUCUUUCAGGUUUAAUUCAAGCAUAUGGCAAGGAAGGUAAAUCUGUUCGUUGGGGUGACCAGGGUGGAAACGUUGGCUUUUCAAUCAGUGCAACGAGGAAAACAAACACAAGAUCGUUGAUUAUUGGGCCUGGUUCAGGGUACAAUUUGAAAUCAAAUCCGUUAUCGGAGGAAGAGUACCUAAAGCCAACCCAGAAAGCUGUUGAGCCGAAAAGCCAAAAUGUAUUCCAAGAACGGAUUCGUGCAGAACGUGAAUCAUUCAAAGCCGUUUUCGAUAAGAGACAACAGCGGAGGAUUGGUGGCUUCGACAUUGAUGACGAAUAAAUUCAUUUCUUUCUAAUAUGGUGUUUGGGUGUCAAACUAAAAUUUUGUAGCUCUCUUUUGAAGUACAACAUUUUUAAUUUCAUUUCUUCUUGAUCCGAA